GCGUCGUGUUCCAUUACCGGGCAGCCCGGGACCGGUACGCCUUGACCUUCGCCGAGGCCCAGGAGGCCUGCCGUCUCAGCUCGGCCAGCAUCGCGGCCCCGCGGCACCUGCAGGCUGCCUUUGAGGAUGGGUUUGACAACUGUGACGCCGGCUGGCUCUCUGACCGGACCGUCCGGUACCCCAUCACUCAGUCCCGGCCCGGUUGCUAUGGCGACCGUAGCAGCCAGCCGGGAGUUCGGAGCUAUGGGAGGCGAGACCCCCAAGAACUCUACGACGUGUAUUGCUUUGCCCGAGAACUGGGGGGUGAAGUCUUCUACGUGGGCCCUGCCCGCCGCCUGACCCUGGCCGGAGCGCGCGCCCAGUGUCGCCGCCAGGGCGCCGCGCUGGCCUCCGUGGGACAGCUGCACCUGGCCUGGCACGAGGGCCUGGACCAGUGCGACCCCGGCUGGCUGGCGGACGGCAGCGUGCGCUACCCGAUCCAGACGCCGCGCCGGCGCUGCGGGGGCCCAGCCCCGGGCGUGCGCACCGUCUACCGCUUCGCCAACCGCACCGGCUUCCCCGCGCCCGCCGCCCGCUUCGACGCCUACUGCUUCCGAGCUCAUCACACCACGCCACAUCAUGGAGACCCAGAGACUCCCUCCUCUGGGGACGAGGGGGAGAUUCUGUCGGCAGAAGGCCCCCCGGUGCGAGAUCUGGAACCCAGCCUGGGGGAGGAGGAAGAGGCUGUGCCUCAGUCCCGGGAGCCCCUGCUGUCCAGCGGGGAAGAAGAGCCCCUGUUCGUGGUAGAGAAGCAGGAGUCUCAGGAGAACCCCAGCCCUACCUAUGGGAGCCCCACUCUGGCCUCGUGGCCCACGGAGGCAGCGUGGCUGGGCACCGUGGCCCCCAGCCCCGGUGGCAUCAGCGCAGGCCCUGCUGCGUCCACGCCCACAGAUGCCCCCACGGGCCCCACGCCACGGAGGAGAGGACGCUUUAAAGGGUUGAACGGGCGCCACUUCCAGCAGCAGGAACAGGAGCCAGGGUUGGAGCGGGGUCUCGAGGCCAGCGCCCAGCCCCUCAGCCCAGAGGCUGCUGGGAAUCACGUGGAACCUCCCUUGGCCACGGAAGCCACGGAGACGCCGGGGAGUGGCCGGAGCCAGAGUCCCUGGGUCGUGCUGACCAAUGAAAUUGAUGCGCCUGAAGCUGAUUCCCGUGGUGGCAGGAGCCCCGCACAGCCCUGGCUGUGGCCCCCGACCAUGGUCCCAGCCAGCACCCCAAGCCCCAGCAGGGCCCCUGGCCUGAAGUUAAAGGGAUCUGCAGACCCCAGCGGGAAACCAGCCACCCCCAGCCUGUCCUGGUCCCCCACGGAGGCCACGGUCCUGGCUCCCAGUCCCUCUGAAGACCCCAGCACAGUUCCUUGGGGGGUAUCCCCCACGGCCACAUCCCCGGACCGCCCCGUCAUAGCCAUGCUGCGUGCCCCAAAACUGGGGCUCACACCAGACCCCACGGAGGCCGGUGCCACCGAGGACCACCGCGAGGCCACCGCCACCGCCACAUCCUUGCUUGCGACAGAGACCAAGGGGACUGCCCCAUCCCCCUCCUGGCACCCAGCAGGACUGGAGGGAGAAGCCAUACCCACGACAGCCACGGAUACAGGGACUGGAGGCAGCCCAGACUCCCCCAGAGACGCUGGGGGGCCCAGCCCUUCGCAGCACGCCAGCCGCAGCCCCUGGGUUUCCGUGGGCGGGGCCACGCCAGCUGAUGUCACCCCCACAGAGGCUGCCGCCGAGCCCACAGGCGCGAGAGACAUCUUGGGGUCAGCGUCUGGGGUCUUUAACAGGGCAGAGAGCCCCUCUUCCGGCUUGGUGGCCACCACGGAGGAGGUGGGCUCCAGGCCCCCUUCAGCUUCGCCGGGGGACCCUGGAGUUUUUGUGGUGCCCAAAGUCACCCCAAGUUUGGGGCCUGGGGGUGCCACAGGCGUAGGAUCCACGGUGGAUCCCGCGGGUUCCUCGGUCACGCCGGAAUCCAGCGACGCUGCUGGCCUUUGGGAAUCCGGAUCGCCGCUCAUGAUUGAGGGGACUGAGAGCCCCACCUGGCACCCUCCGGUGACGUUCGAUGCAAGCAGGGUGACGACGCCCCUCACGUCCCCAGACCAGGGGGACAAGACUGAUGCCCUGGUGACGUCCAUCCUGGCCACUGCGAGCUUCCAACCCCAGCCAGAGCCAGAGGGCCGGACGGUGGCCGAGGGGACACCUGGAGCAUCGGUCUCUCCUCCACCGUGCACACCCACUGCAGCCGGCGUGGACGAAGCUGUCUCAGCUCCCUCCAGGGAGCCUGCGGUGCCGUGGGACGCCCCCAGCACCCUGCCACCUGUGUCCCAGGGCACAGGAGACUUGCAGCUGGAGCUCUUGGCCGGGAGACCAGCAGUGGACAGCUUCUGGGAGGAGGUGGCGAGCGGAGAGGAGCCGGCGCUGCUGGGAAGCCCUGGGAAUGGGGGUGCAGAGGAGGCACCCUCGGAUCCCUGCGAGAACAACCCAUGCCUGCACGGAGGUACGUGCAGUGCCAACAGCACCAUGUAUGGCUGUAGCUGUGACCAAGGCUUUGCUGGGGAAAACUGCGAGAUUGACAUUGACGACUGCAUGUGCAGCCCCUGUGAGAACGGAGGCACCUGUGUCGACGAGGUCAACGGCUUUGUGUGUCUCUGCCUCCCCAGCUACGGGGGCAGCCUGUGCGAGAAAGACACCGAGGGCUGUGACCGGGGCUGGCACAAGUUCCAGGGCCACUGCUACCGCUACUUCGCUCACCGGCGGGCGUGGGAAGACGCCGAGAGGGACUGCCGCCGCCGGGCCGGCCAUCUGACCAGCGUCCACUCUGUCGAGGAGCAGAGCUUCAUCAACAGCUUUGGGCACGAAAACACGUGGAUCGGGCUAAACGACAGGAUCGUGGAGAGGGACUUCCAGUGGACGGACAACACAGGGCUGCAAUACGAGAACUGGCGAGAGAACCAGCCGGACAAUUUCUUCGCGGGGGGCGAGGACUGCGUGGUGAUGGUGGCGCACGAGAGCGGCCGCUGGAAUGACGUCCCUUGUAACUACAAUCUCCCCUACGUGUGCAAGAAGGGCACAGUGCUGUGCGGCCCCCCUCCCGCGGUGGAGAACGCCUCCCUGGUGGGCGCCCGCAAGGCCAAGUACAACGUCCACGCCACCGUGCGCUACCAGUGCGACGAGGGCUUCUCCCAGCACCACGUGGCCACCAUCCGCUGCCGUAGCAACGGCAAAUGGGACAGACCCCAGAUUGUCUGCACCAAACCCAGACGGUCACACCGGAUGCGGCGACACCAUCACCACCACCAGCACCACCGCCAGCACCAUCGUCACAAACCGCACAAGGAACACAGAAAGCACAAACAGCCCCCCGCGGAGGACUGGGAGAAGGAGGAAGGGAAUUUCUGCUGAACAGCAGGAGGAAGAAGCACAGCCCCCCCCUCCCGCAGAACCUUCUGGAACCUUCGCGUGGGGAGACAGAGCCCAGAGAGGGAGACGAGAGCGUCUGGGAGCCCCUGAACCCCAAACCACAUGCAUAACCCUUUGUACAGAGCCCCCUCCUCCUCCUUUGCAUUCACACACGAGGUCCGUGUAUUGCAAAAGUCCCGUGUGGCCAAGCCACACCCUGAUGCACCUGCUCGCUCACCAAUAUACAAGACCAAGGGGACUCUGCAUUGCCUUUGUUUGCCUGAGUGAUUGGCGGUGCUGGGAUAAGGCUUUGAGACCCGUGCAAGGGCUGGCGCUUAGAUUAAGACCUGACCUUUUGGGGCAAAGAUUCAGGCUUAGUGAGUGGUUGGCUGUUCCCCAUCCGGGCGGACGCCUCCACUUAAGAUCAAGAGCCUUGGGGAGAGACAGUGCAACCAGCGGCUGUUGGCUGGAACCCAGCCUCUGCCAUCUCCUUGACCUUGGCUUCUAGCUCAAGUCCAGUCUUUUGUCAAACUGGGCGUGGAACUGCUGUGUGCUGAAUUUUAGGAGGGAUUUGGGAUCAGCCUCCCGAGUGGUGUCCCAGGAGUUAGGAGUAGCAUCAGAGCUAGGGCGUAGCUAGAGUAGGCAGUGGAGGGCAGGCAUCUCACCCACCUGCGCCAGGCAAGGCCAGGGCUGAGAAGUGGUGGAUCUCACACACAGGAUCUUUAGGGCUUUCUUUCCCUCCGUCUCUCAGGGACAUCCUCCUGGGUGCCAAGCUCUCAAGCCCGCUGCCUGUACCCAUGCCCCUAGCAGCCGCUGGCAGAGCCCCUGCCCUGGGUCCUCUCCCCAGCGCCCCACCCCCUUUCCACCGCCCGCCCCCCUCUCGAGCCAUUGCCCAGCCGGCUAGAAACACCGGAAGCUUGAGCGUGGUGAAGCGAGGUGUGGUGUCGACCAGCCCAACUGUGUUUCUCCUCGCUGGAAACUUGAUCAGUGGGGAAGAGCUCACUUGCAACUGGAAAACACCUUCCCGAGCCGGAAGCCAGGACCCUGGUCCCUGAAGCCUGGCUUGAGAGACCCACAGCUCUCCUCCUGUCUCCGCUCCUCCCGUCAGGGUCAGACCUGCGGAUGGGCGAUAGAAAAGGACUCUGUGCAGACGAAAAAAAAAAAUGCACACACUGAGGGGGGCUCAGUAAGGACAGAGAUGUGUUAACUGAGCCCUUAUCCCUCUGCACAAGUUACAGUCCCAGGCGACAGCUGCGGAGCAGGUGCUAAGUGCUUCUACCCUGUCUCCUCGAGUCCUUUCUGCAUCGCGGUGACUUAGGGACCACGCUUUGCCCAUUUCCCACGCGGUGAUCCGGAAGCCCACGGCUCUGACUCCGCGGCUGCCCUGUCCUUGACCUUGGAUUUCAGCUCAAGUUCGGUCUUUGGUCUUAGUGGGUGAAGGACAGGGGGGACGGUCAGGUGGUGAAUCCAGCCUCCCUCUGGGGCCCUUGGAGGUGGGAGGAAUCCUGGGAGCACAGCGCAGGCAGUGGCGGGCAGGUGCAUUGCCCCCAGCCCUGGGAGUUCCCGAGGGGAACACACUGGCUGUACAUGGGAUCCUGGCCCUUAACCCUGCCUUUCAGUUUUCCCUGCCAUCAGCAUUGUCCCUUGUCCACUCAUAGUUGAGAAAGCCUAGGCAUAGAGGUUUGUCUUUGUCGCUUUGGGUUAAACAAUAUAUAUAAUAAGAAUAACACGUUUUUCUGUUACCCAUGUCACACACACACACAAAAAAGAAUUCUCCUUCGUUUGGGGUGGGGUGGUGGUGGCUGGGGACACAGCUUGUGUGGGGGUCUUGGUUGACGCUCCCUGCCCUUGGAACCCUUAACCCCCCCUUGCUCUGCCCCCGCCCCAGCUCCAGGGUGGGAGGGGCUCUGGUCUUCUCUGAAGUGGUGGUUUGUCCUUCGACCUUUCCCCGCGAGGUGCGUGUGUGUGUUCGCAUGUGCGGUGCGCAGGGCAUGGUGUGAGUGUGCGCGUGGACAGCUGUGGGAACUGCUGGUGUUGCUGUAAGCCGCAGUGUUCCGUGGCUCUGUGAUAGCUGACACUGUGGACAUUAAUGUACUUCUUGGACAUUUUAAUAAAAUUUUUUUAACAGUUCCACC